AUGGCCUCCUCUCUUCGCACCGCCGCCCCCAAGAUGGCCCAGAUGGCCGCCCAGAGCGCCCGCCCGGCCUUCAAGCCAUCGCAGCUCCAGAAGUUCACCCGCGCAUACUCUGCCGUCACCCCCAAGACCGCCACCUUCAACACCAUGAAGCGCACCUCGACCCUCAUCAACUCCGCCCGCACCAAGGUCUCCCCCAUUGGCAUGCAGGCCAAGCGUGCCUACUCCUCUGAGAUGGCCAACGCCCUCGUCCAGGUCUCCCAGAACUUGGGUAUGGGUUCCGCCGCCAUCGGUCUCGGUGGUGCAGGAAUAGGCAUUGGGUUGGUCUUUGCCGCUCUCCUCAACGCUGUCGCCCGCAACCCAUCCCUCCGUGGCCAGCUCUUCUCCUACGCCAUUCUGGGUUUCGCUUUCGUCGAGGCCAUCGGUCUUUUCGACCUCAUGGUUGCCAUGAUGUGCAAGUACGUCUAA